UGUUGAGAAAACCCUUUGACAAAUCUUUAAAAACUUUCGCAAUCUUUACAUGAUAUAAGUAUACAAACCGCUGUCCGCUAAUAAUACGGAAUGGGAAAAAAACAUCUUUGGAAAUUUUCCGUAUGCGCCUCCUUUUGAUGGAUGCCAUUUACUUAAUCCCGAUUCAAGAUAAUCAUAUCACAAAGAAGCAAAAAUGCUACGCCGACAAGCAAGACAGAGAAGAGAGUAUAUAUAUAAGAAGUCUAUAGAAGAUCAAGAAAGGACAACAUAUGAGAGAAAGAAACGUCUAAAACACGCUCUACAAGAAGGAAAACCAAUUCCUACUGAACUAAGAAAUGACGAAGCCGAGCUACGGAAAGCCAUUGAAUUUGAUGACGAAGCUCAUGAGAAUGCUACGACACAUGAGGAUGAUGAGUAUGCCUGGGCAGGAGUUGAAGAUCCAAAGAUCAUGAUCACAACAUCUCACUCACCUAGCUCUCGAUUGAAGCAAUUUGCCAAAGAGCUUCGACUGAUCUUUCCAAACAGUCAACGUCUCAAUCGUGGCAACUAUGUUAUGAGUCAGCUUGUUCAAGCUUGUCGAGCAAAUGAUGUUACGGACUUGAUCAUUGCCCAUGAACAUAGGGGAGAACCAGAUGGUCUUGUUGUGUGUCAUCUUCCCUAUGGACCAACUGCCUACUUCACGUUGUCAAACACAGUUAUGAGACAUGACAUCCCAAAUAUUGGAACCAUGUCAGAAGUUUAUCCGCACUUAAUCUUUCACAAGUGCUCAUCAAAACUUGGAGAAAGGGUCAAAAACAUUUUGAAAUAUUUAUUUCCUGUUCCAAAGGACGAAAGCAAGAGAGUUGUAACCUUCGCCAAUCAAGACGACUACAUUUCAUUCAGACAUCAUAGUUAUAAAAAAGUUGAUGGAAACAUCGAACUCUCCGAGAUUGGACCAAGAUUUGAAAUGAAAGUUUACGAAAUUCGCUUGGGAACAGUGGACCAAUCAGAGGCCGACGUGGAAUGGAGGCUAAAGCCUUACAUGAACACGUCAAAGAAGCGAAAGUUCUUGGAGUAAACCAACAGCAAUCGCUGUCAUCAUAAAUUUAGUAUUUAUAGGCAUUGAGUCGUGUUCUUUAAUAAAAAAUCUUCUAAGUAAGACAUGUACACAAA